AUGUCAACUCCACUGUCAUCCAAUGAACCGUCUGAUACAAAUGGUGCAAACACCAAUGCCCAACGAGCAGGCAAUUACAACAAAGCAUUCGAUGAACAAGAAUUGGAUAACAUUCAUCCGCAGCUAAUAAUGCAAUCGGCAACAUUGGGCACUGGAAAUCAACAACAACAAUCAGAAUCAGAUGAUCUGGCAUCAAUUCAAGAAGACGAUCUUUUGGUUAAUGAAUCAGAUAUGGAAGGAUCUGACAACCAAAAUGAUAGCGCACUUUUCGUGAAUGAAGAACUGGCUUCUCCCCCAUCGGAGAAUAACAGGGGCGAUCGAGGUGUAAAUCAAGCAAAUAACACUCGAAUAGGCGAUAAUAGUUUACAUACACAACAAGCACAAACUAGGGUUAAUGAAGGUCGACCUGGAGAACAAGUGAGAAUACUACAGUUUCAAAACCUGUCAUCAGAUGAAAAUGUAUCAGAUAGCUCAAUAGAUGAUGAUAGCACCGAUGAUGAAGUAAUGAACGGAGAACCUCCACUUAAACGAAAGAAACUAGAUGAAGAUCUUCGAGUGGUUCAUCCAAGCAAUUAUACCAUGAUAACCCAAACAAAAGCAAUAUCGGAAGGACGUAUAGAUCGAUUCUGGGAACCUUUAGAAGAUAUGAAUGUAAAGAGUCUAACGAAUAUUCUAAAUUUGUCAUUAAAUAAAGCUCUUGAUUCAUUAGGUGGUGCAAAUACGGGAGAUUCUGGACUUAAUCGUAAUAUAACUACUCAAAAAAUCAUGCAAGCAAAGGAAAUUUUAUCCAAAACUUGGCUAGAUAUGAAUAAUCCUCAAUCAUUCUUGGCCAGAUCAGUAGUAUCCAAGUUCCCAUUACCAGGAUCGGUAUUAACUGAAGGUAUUGUAACUAGGCAUGUUGGAGAACUUAGGGAUGUAUUAAAUUAUGAAACAUUGAUACUGAGACAAACUGCUCUAGAGGCAUAUCUACUGGCAGAGAUUGAACAAGUACAACAAUUAGAAUCAGUGUAUAAUGAAUUAGAAACACAAUAUUUGGCUGAUAAACGAUAUUUAAUUCAAUUAUUGGGAACUGUAAAGACAGAUAUAAAGGAAUUAGAACUGGAUAUAAAAAAUAAGCGUCGACAAUUGCUGUUACAUAAUUUGAAACCAAAUCCUGAUAAGGGGAUAAAUUUAUUAACAACCACUAAAAGAUUAAGUGAUUUUGAUCCUGAUAAAGAUGAAGAUAUAAAACCAUUACUUGAAAAUAUAGAACGAAAUUUAAAGAAAAUAUCUACCCCGGAAACAAGGUCUUUAAUUGAAUUGAAUGAAAAAUUGGAAACCCUUCAUCAUUUGUUUAAUUGA